GCUCGCGGCUUCUCCUGGCAGCGUGUGGCUGAGCGUCAGGUGAUGCAGUUUCACCUCCUCUCGUGUCCGCUGGCCGGGGUUAAACGUUAAGUAGCGCGUGUUUUCAGAUUUAGCCACCUGGGGACCAUGAGUGAGUGGACUAAGAAAAGCCCCUUAGAAUGGGAAGAUUACGUUUAUAAAGAAGUCAGAGUACUGGCGAGCGAGAAGAAGGAGUAUAGAGGAUGGCUUUUAACUACAGACCCGGUCUCUGCCAAUAUUGUCCUUGUGAACUUGCUUGAAGACGGCAGCUUAUCUGUGACUGGAAUUAUGGGCCAUUCUGUGCGGACUGUUGAAAUUAUGGGUGAAGUGGACCACAGGGUGAGAGAGAAGCUGGCGCCCUUGUUCACGUCCGGAGGCUGUGAUGCCUUUGGCCCCGAGGACCUGGAGAGGAGAAAGAGCAGCCUGAAGAAGUGGCUCCAGAAGAACCAUGUCCCCGUCACGGAGCGCGGAGAGUCAAGCAGGACUCUCUGCGUGGCUGGGGUCUUGACUAUAGACCCACCGUACUGCCCAGAAAAUUGCAGCAGCUCAAAUGAGAUCAUUCUGUCCCGGGUUCAGGACCUUAUUCAAGGACAUCUUAUAGCUUCCCAAGGAGAGACCAAGAACCCUCGGCACGCUGUUUAAAAUUGACUUCGGGGAACUGGAGAGGUAGCUCAGUGGAAUAAGUGCUUGUCUGACAAGCGCAAGGUCCCGAGUUUGAUCCCUGGUACCACCUCAAUAAAUAAAAUUGACUUCCAUUUCUUUUUUUUUUUCUUCAUAAUGGUAUGAAUGUAAGCCAUUAUACUACAGGACUUGAAAGGUACUUGAGCACUGUGUGUAUAUUUUAAUUUUUUAUCGUUUUGGUAAAAUCAAAGGAGGAACAUUAGCAUGCAGUGAAAUUAGCACAAGGAAUUUAAAGUUAACUCUGUGUGUGUUUGUUUUUGAGUACAGUCUUACUUUGUAGCCUAUGCUGGCCACGAACUCAAGGUCUUCUUGCCUCAGCCUCCCCAAAAGGGUCUUUUUGUCCUGUGAUGAGGAUAUGCUGCCCCCAUCUUUUUUAGUGGCCCUGAGGACUGACCCAGAAUCCUACACGUGCUGCGUAAUGACUCAACCACUGAGCUACAUCCCUAGCUCACUUUACUCCACUUUUGUUAGGCAAGAGAUUUGUUAGGCAAGAGAUGUAUAUGGAGCUGGGCGGCUCAGUGGUGCACCUUACAGUCCCAGGUACUCUGAGGCUGACAUAGGAUUGCUAGUUCCAGACAUCUCGGUAAUUUAGUGACACUAUCCCAAAGUCAGGAGGGCUGAGGAUGUACCUAGUGAUAGGGCACUUUAGUAUAAGGCUCUGGGUUCGAUCCCUAGUAUAGUGAGAUAUAUGUAUAUAUAUGGAUGUAUUUUUUUUGUUUUUGAGAAAAUGCCUCAAUCUAUAUCAUAAGAUGUUUGUCUUUUAUUUGUAGUAAUUGAUAAAGUAGUUUCAAACAAAACUGCUCAUAUGAGAGAAUGACUUGUGUCUCCUUAAAGGUUCAUGUGUUACAAACUUGCUCCCCAGAUUGGUGGUAUUCAGAGGCGGUGGGCAGCCCUUAGGUCAUGGGGUGUGGCCCCAGAGUCUCUGCCUUCCUGUUUGGCUAUGUAAAGUCUUCCAUGCUGUUGUGACUCCAGUGCUAAAGCAAGCGUGUACUAGCCUGAAAAUAGCCUGUGCCGCUGCCGUGCCCUUAAACCUUCAAAACUGAGCUGAGAAACCUCUUUUC